GGGCUCAGCCAGGAGGAAAUCCGGUGUUGACGAUGGCUGUGAUGCUGAAGGGUCUGUAGUGGGGGGUCCCGGGCCUGAUCCCGGUCUACCCUUCUCCGCGGCCUGAUUCCGGCCACAAGCCCUGCUCGGCACACUUGGGGCGAGACUGCGGCAGCGACUCUCUCCUAGCCGCCAUGCACGACGCUUUCGAGCCGGUGCCGAUCCUAGAAAAGCUGCCUCUGCAGAUCGACUGUCUGGCUGCCUGGGAGGAAUGGCUUCUUGUUGGAACCAAACAAGGACAUCUUCUUCUCUAUAGGAUUCGGAAAGAUGUUGGUUGCAACAGGUUUGAAGUGACACUAGAGAAAUCCAAUAAGAACUUCUCCAAAAAGAUUCAGCAGAUCCAUGUGGUUUCCCAGUUUAAGAUUCUAGUCAGCUUGUUAGAAAGCAACAUUUAUGUCCAUGACCUAUUGACAUUUCAACAGAUCACUACAGUUUCAAAGGCAAAGGGAGCAUCACUGUUCACAUGUGACCUCCAGCACACUAAGACUGGUGAGGAGGUAUUGCGGAUGUGUGUGGCAGUGAAAAAGAAACUGCAGCUCUAUUUCUGGAAGGACAGGGAAUUUCAUGAACUGCAGGGGGACUUCAGUGUGCCUGAUGUGCCAAAGUCCAUGGCAUGGUGUGAAAACUCUAUCUGUGUGGGCUUCAAGAGGGACUACUACCUGAUAAGGGUGGAUGGAAAGGGGUCCAUCAAAGAGCUCUUUCCGACAGGAAAACAGCUGGAGCCCUUAGUUGCACCUCUGGCAGAUGGAAAAGUGGCGGUGGGUCAGGACGAUCUCACCGUGGUGCUCAAUGAGGAAGGCAUCUGCACACAGAAGUGUGCCCUGAACUGGACAGACAUACCAGUGGCCAUGGAGCACCAGCCUCCGUACAUCAUUGCAGUGUUGCCUCGAUACGUGGAGAUCCGGACAUUGGAACCACGGCUUUUGGUCCAGAGCAUUGAGCUGCAAAGACCACGUUUCAUCACCUCGGGGGGAUUAAACAUUAUUUAUGUGGCCAGCAAUCAUUUUGUUUGGAGACUCAUUCCUGUCCCCAUGGCGACCCAAAUCCAGCAGCUGCUCCAGGACAAGCAGUUUGAGUUGGCUCUGCAGCUCGCAGAAAUGAAAGAUGAUUCCGACAGUGAAAAGCAGCAACAAAUCCAUCACAUCAAGAACUUGUAUGCCUUCAACCUUUUCUGCCAGAAGCGCUUUGACGAGUCCAUGCAGGUCUUUGCUAAGCUUGGCACAGAUCCCACUCACGUGAUGGGCCUGUACCCUGACCUGCUGCCCACAGACUACAGGAAGCAGUUGCAGUACCCUAACCCGCUGCCUGUGCUCUCUGGGGCUGAGUUGGAGAAGGCUCACUUAGCUCUGAUUGACUACCUGACACAGAAACGAAGUCAAUUAGUAAAGAAGCUGAAUGACUCUGACCACCAGUCUAGCACUUCCCCCCUCAUGGAAGGCACUCCCACCAUCAAAUCCAAGAAGAAGUUGUUGCAAAUCAUUGACACCACCCUGCUCAAGUGCUACCUACAUACGAACGUGGCCCUGGUGGCCCCCUUGCUGCGCCUGGAGAACAAUCACUGCCAUAUUGAGGAGAGUGAGCAUGUGCUGAAGAAGGCUCAUAAGUACAGUGAGCUGAUAAUCCUGUAUGAGAAGAAGGGGCUCCAUGAGAAAGCUCUGCAGGUGCUGGUGGACCAGUCCAAGAAAGCAAACUCCCCACUGAAAGGCCAUGAGAGGACUGUGCAGUAUCUCCAGCACCUGGGCACAGAAAACCUGCAUUUAAUUUUUUCCUACUCAGUGUGGGUGCUGAGAGACUUCCCAGAAGAUGGCCUGAAGAUAUUUACCGAAGAUCUUCCAGAGGUGGAAUCUCUACCACGAGAUCGUGUGCUUAGCUUCUUAAUAGAGAAUUUUAAGGGUCUCGCUAUUCCUUAUCUGGAGCACAUCAUCCACGUGUGGGAGGAGAUAGGCUCCCGGUUCCACAACUGCCUAAUCCAGCUGUACUGUGAGAAGGUGCAAGGUCUGAUGAAGGAGUACCUCCUGUCCUUCCCUGCAGGCAAAACCCCAGUCCCUGCUGGAGAGGAAGAGGGUGAGCUGGGAGAAUACAGGCAAAAGUUGCUCAUGUUCUUGGAGAUUUCCAGCUACUAUGAUCCAGGCCGGCUCAUCUGUGACUUUCCUUUUGAUGGCCUCUUAGAAGAACGAGCUCUCCUGCUGGGGCGCAUGGGCAAACAUGAACAAGCUCUCUUCAUCUAUGUCCACGUCUUAAAGGAUACAAGGAUGGCUGAGGAGUACUGCCACAAACACUAUGACCAAAACAAGGAUGGCCACAAAGAUGUGUAUCUGUCCCUGCUUCGGAUGUACCUGUCGCCCCCUAGCAUUCACUGCCUGGGGCCAAUCAAGCUGGAACUUCUAGAGCCACAGGCCAACCUCCAGGCUGCCUUGCAGGUCUUGGAACUGCACCACAGCAAACUGGACACCACCAAGGCUAUCAACCUUCUGCCAGCAAACACUCAGAUCAAUGACAUACGCAUCUUUUUGGAAAAGGUCUUGGAAGAAAAUGCACAAAAGAAACGGUUCAAUCAAGUGCUCAAGAACCUUCUUCAUGCUGAGUUCCUGAGGGUUCAGGAAGAGCGGAUUUUGCACCAGCAGGUGAAGUGCAUCAUCACAGAGGAGAAGGUGUGCAUGGUGUGUAAGAAGAAGAUUGGAAACAGUGCAUUUGCAAGAUACCCCAAUGGAGUGGUGGUGCAUUACUUCUGUUCCAAAGAGGUAAACUCAGCAGAUACCUGAGUCCCAUGUCCCAUGAACUCGGCAGUGGACAGCUCGGCUAUCCCAGAGAAGUGAAAGAAUGGCCAGCCUUAGGAAUCUGGGGCUGCCACCACCAGGCAUCUCCCACUUUGGACACUACUGGCUACCUUGUGCCCUAGAACAUAUCUGAAUUAAUUAGACUCAUGGUCUGGCAUUGCCAGCUCCUUAUAGGAAAAGAGAUUAGUGAUACUUUACACCAUUAUGUUGCGGGCAGUUCCAGGGAAUUUAACAUCGUCUUGGACAGGAGGACAUGCACCGUCUUGCCUUUGCAUACCAGUCAGCUGAACAAGGACACUUCUCUCAAUUGUUUGUACCACAGGGUUGUUUAUUAAGUUUUCUACUAAGAUGAGUGAACAGCGUCACAAGGACCCUUCAGUGUGACUGCCUGGAGAGUCCCAUGGGAGGACCACUCCAUGCCACAAAGACCAGACAGCUAUGAUUCCCCACAGGAGCUGUGCCCUGUGUCACCCCGUAAUCUCCCUGCUUGUCUCAUUAAUUUUUCAAUCUCCUUUUCUUUCUAUUUAAUUUGCCCCUUUAUCUCCCCUCACUGUGCCACCCAGGCUUUCUCUCCCACUCUGUGGGCUUGGGAAUGGCCAGUAUUUAAAAUAAGAAGCAAGAGGAAGUCUGGCUCUCUAGGAGCACACUGGUAAUCAGCCGUCAGGGACAUUGUGAGUCCUCUUUGGCCAUAAGCCCUCUGCCCAGAAACUUAAGAGAGUGCUGUUCUCUGCCUUGGAAGGGGCUUUGAUGCCUCACUACCCUGGGUAUGUGGUCUCCAAGGCAGGGGUCUCCACAGAGGCUCCUGCACCAUGCAGGCAGGUUGUUCAGUCUUUAUGAGUGAGCUAUUUGUGCUUUGGAUGCCUUUCUUGUCUCCAGCCAGUUCCCAUCCUCUCACCUUCCAGUCCAGCUUAGCCAUCAUUCCCCUGUUUUAGUCUGUUGGGUUGUAGGACUGCUCUUGGAUAGCCAGAAAGGUGGGUCUGUACUGCAUGCAGGGCGUGAUCAGAUCAGGAACUGACAAUGGCUGAUGCUUGAGUGUUUGUGAGGUAUUUGGGGACAGCAGAGAGAGAUGCAGGAGGGUGGGGGCAGGAGGGGGACCCUGCCAGAGCUGUACAGGAUGGACUUUCUAGUACUGCAGGCUACAUGGGAAAGUGGUCCUAUAUCCUGUCCUCCCUUUUGCAGUCACUACCCUAAUGUCUUUAAGGGUAGUGAGAGGGUGAGUGACAGUGCCUAACACUGACAUUGUGUUUGUGGCCUGUCCUUGACAUACCAUAGCCCUAUGAAUGGCAGCUUUGUGCUGGGUUGGGCUCUGUGUUGUAGGAUGACUUGCUGGUGACAAGUAGACAAGGCUCCAUCCAUGCACACUCUCUGGAAGAGUCUGAAGAGAUGGAGUGAGUACUGUCAGCACCAUUUACAGAUGUGGGGAACUCCACUCAGGUCUGUGAGUCUGGGCAGCACUUGAAGAGGGUUCUAUAGAGCAGUACAUGGAGAAAGAAAAGUCACUGUCCCUAACAGCCACAGCCACAGCCACGCACAAGAGGCAGUGCUGUCAGUGGCCCCAUGAGCAGUGGUGGAGCAUCAAGCUGGCCCUCCCAGCAAGGCAGGAACCUGCCCUGCCUUCCUGGCCUCCUGUGCUGAUGCCUCCACUCUAAUGAGCUGUCUGAAGCAGUGGAGUAAAGAAUGUGUUUUCUCCUGUCUGGCAUACAUACAUACGUGACUCCUUUUCCCAAAUUCUGUUCUUACUUCCCUGACUCCCCACUCAGUGUGAAGAAGGCUGGAGAGAAGAGCUCUGAACCAAGGACUGGUGAAGAUCUUUAACUGCUCCUCAUAAUAAACGUAAUCAAGCAGGAAACCAAACCUUCUUGGGUCUCUUUUUUCUUCUUCUGUGGACUUGGAUGAAAGUGACAAUGAAUGGAUAGUCAUUUAGCCAAGAACAGAGAAGAAUAAGCCACUUGGUAACUAAGAAAAAUCAAGUAGCCCUUCUCUUAGGAAUGUGUUGAUCUGUGCGGCAAAUAUAGCAAGUGUGGCUAUGGGCUGACGGGUUGGCAGCACAGGGACGGAUGUUUCCAUUGUCACAAUCUGAAGGACAUCCCAGAACUCUAGAUGACCCACAUCAUCUUCUCUUCACAUACCUGGACUGCAUGCUUUUCCUACAACCCCAGGGUUGUGCAAGGAUGUGCAGUUGGCAGGAGGAAGGGAUGCGAGUGUCUGAGAAGUAGAGAAGUGUUGGACUCUUUGGUGAGCUCCAAAAAGGUGACUCAGUCCCUCUGUAUUGUCCCCCCUUGAGCUGUCUGGCCAUCCUAAAUUUUCUCUAGAAUGAAAGUUCUCUGGAACUACAAGUGGUGACUUUAUUGACGUAUGGGACAGAUGACUUCCAGGAGACAGCGUGGUCCUCCAGAGAGGACUCAAGUCAAUCAGGAACCUGGACCCCAGACUGGCUCUGUUACCAGUUGUGCACUCCUUCUGCUCUGGCCUCAGGCUCCUCUGCUCGGAUCCAGGAGUACCCUACAGUGCCCCCCAGAGAUCACCAGGGGGACUGGAUUUGCCAUUCCCUAGCCCACCAACCCCUCUCAGCAUUUUGGCUUCACAGUCUACAUUAAGCAGAAACAGGCCUCCCUGGAUCCCUGGCCAUUGGCAGUGGUCACAUCUCCUUUGGCUCUAGGAGUUUCUAGUCUGAAUCUGCUUGGUUCGAUUUAGAAUUGAAUCGUCUUUUUGUUCUUUCAGCCUCCAACUCUAGGCCGUGCAGAAGAGAGUGGAGAUCACUGGAUUGUGUUUUUACUUGUUUGUUUGUUUGAGACAGGGAUCUUGGUCUGGUUGUGUUGCCCAGGCUGGUCUUGAACUUCUAAACUUGAGUGAUCCUCCCACCUCAGCCUCUUGAGUGCUGGGAUUACAACCACAUGCCACCAUGCCCAGCUGUAUGACUGGAGCUUGGUUCACUGCCCUAGAAAUCCUUUCUUUUUCCCAGAGACUGUGACUGCCUCAGCCACCUAGAUGAUCAUGGACAACAGGGAAGGAGAUAUCACAUCUUCCUGAGGCUUACAAUGCUAGCUCUUUAAGGACAGGCUCUUAUUUGUACCACCUGAUCACAUCCUUGCCUCUGAACUACCCAGGUAUUUCCACUGACCUAGAAAGAGGCCUCUGCCUGAAAAGCCACAGGGAAUCAUGAGGCUGUGAGUUUCUUUAGGAUAUGGCUUCCCGUCUUUAUCUUUGUAUUCCUGGGUCUAGUACAGAACUGGCAGGCAACAGGCUCUCAGUGUUUGGGGAAUAACUGAGGGAAGCCAAGAGAGGUGAAACAUUUUUGAGUUCAAAUGAAACUGAUCCAGAG